AUGGAAAAGCUUAUAAGGCCUUUAUGCACAAUCCGCGACUCCGACGUCCUACAUGGAGACGCCAUCAAUCGAUUAGAAGCCGCUAAGAAAUCACCGUAUAAAUGGUCUGAAGAGUGGCUCGACUCAGUGCCUCUAGAUCACUUCUCCUUCGGCAACAGGGACCAGUUCAAGCUGCGUUAUGAAGAAGGUGGCCCGAUAUUCUUCUACACAGGAAAUGAAGGCAAACUGGAGGGAUUCGCUGAAAACACGGGUUUUAUGUGGGACAUAGCACCGGAAUUCCACGCCGCUGUGGUUUUCGCCGAGCAUCGAUUCUACGGAAAGACACAACCAUAUGGCACAACCACUGCAGAACAAGCGCCUUUGCCGUUUUGUGCUAGAAUACCUGGUGCCGAAAAUUCUCCCGUGAUCGCUUUCGGCGGUUCAUACGGUGGGAUGUUGGCCGCAUGGAUCCGAAUCAAAUAUCCACACAAAGUUGCUGGGGCGAAUUGCAGGCGUGCAGCACCAGUGUUCUGGUUCGUCGACUCGCAUGUUCCAGAAGAUAUCUACGCUAAGAUUGUAACUCGCUCAUUCCUGGGAGCUGGCUGUAGCCGCAAAGCUAUCGAGAAAGGAUGGCGAGCUUUGAAGAGUCUGGCCGCAAAAGAGGACGGCCGUGCCUAUCUGAAUGAACUGUUCCAUCUGGACGAGAAAUCUCGCAUGUCAUCCAGUGAUGAUUACAACUUCCUUGCCUCGUUUAUUCGUGAGGUUUUCGAAAGCAUGGCGAUGGUGAACUAUCCCUAUCCAACCGAAUUUCUUGCGCCCUUACCGGGAUGGCCUGUAAAGGAAGCCUGUAAAUUUCUGAAGAAAGUACCGAGCACGGACGAAGAAGCCGCGAGACAGCUCUAUGAGGUAUCAGCACUGUUC